UUAAGGGUGGUUCGGGCGCGGGUUUGCGCCGGCGGAAGACCGCGAGCCAUGGAGACUGCUCGGGACUACGCUGGAGCCCUGCUCAGGCCCUUGACCUUUGUGGGUGCCCAGACCAGAAAGGUCCUGUUCACACCGCUCAUGCAGCCCCCGCGGCCCUUCCGCGUCUCCAACUCCGACCGCAGCAGCCGCCGAGGGGUGAUGGCCUGCAGCCUGCAGGAGCUCCUCACCAAGGCCCUGGAUGCGCUGGUCAUCACGGCAGGGCUGGUCACGCUAGUGCUAGAGGAGGAUGGCACCGUGGUGGACACAGAAGAAUUCUUCCAGACCCUGGAUGACAACACACACUUCAUGGUCCUGGAGGACGGGCAGAGGUGGACGCCGGCCAGCAAGUAUGUGCCGGUCCGGCAGCCACAGCGCUCGGGCAUCGCCAGAGUCACCCUGGACCUGUACAGGCUGCACCCCAAGGACUUCCUGGGCUGCCUCAAUAUCAAGGCCACCCUGUACGAGAUGUACUCUGUGUCUUACGACAUCCGCUGCACAAGCGUCAAGGCCAUCCUGAGGAGCCUGCUGCGCCUGCUGUCCUACGCUGCUCAGGUGACCGGCCAGCUGCUCCUCUACUCCGGCUCCUACGUGCUACGCUUGCUGGAUGACACAGAGGAGCCUCCGUCCCCCAAGUCGCAGACGGGGGGCUGGUUCCGGUUCAUGCACAGAUAGGGCGUGGCGCCUCCGGGUGGCCCUGCUGGGGACAGGCUGGGUUGGUGCCACCCUCUGUCGUGCUGGCUCAAUAAAGCACCCAAGCACCCUC